AUGUUACAAGAAAAAGAUACGCCACCUGAAUCAGAUUCUGAAGAUCCCACAGAAGAGUCGAAUCAGCCAAACAAUUCUAAAGAACUUGUGAUUGUUUCCAAUGUUGUACUCAUGCCAAGUCGUGAAGAAAGAUCUCGCAAUAAUUUCCGAAACCAGUUUGAAGAGCAAUUGCUCCAAAAUCAAAAAAGUGAUGAGAAAAAUGAAGGAGAACGGGCGUCGUGCUCGUCACUUGAAGUUGUUAAAAUUAAAAGAUCGGAAGCAUUUUUAGCUCGUACCAACGCAGAGUUACCAAGAGAGUUACAAGACAUCAAAACUGCGAAAUUUGAAGAACAAACGUUCUGUUUGUCUCAAGAUGUUAGCAUGAUUAUAGAAACGUCGGCAGUUAAUGAUAUUAAUUCAGAUUUAGAUAUUACGCUAGAACCAUCCGAAAUUGUGAUGUUUGAGACGUCAACCCCAUUUGAGGCUGCUCCAAUUUAUGCCGAAACAUUAAUCGCUUUGCCGGGUGCUUCUACAGCAAAUAAUGAAGCUAUCUCCGAUUCAACGAAUGUGUCAAGCGUUGACCCGUUAGGUAGUGAAUUUGACGAAGCAUCUUCUAAUAUAACAGGAUUAGAAAAGGCAAAGCUAAAGGAUCCAUAUGAGAAUAUACAAAUAGGCUCGUGGGUUGUUACAUCGUACCAAUGUUAA